AUGGAGACAAGUUCUGUGAUUUUGACCACCGGGGGCUCCUUCGCCUUUUUCCGGCUGGUGAACGCCGCGGUCCGAGAGCUCCCCAUGCCCGAGUCCGCCUGCAGGAAUGCCUGGAAAUGGAGAAAUAUCUCCACAUCGUUCGUGCACAGUCUCAUCACGGCGAUAUGGGCAGUGCUUUGCUUCUUCCUUCACCCACAAAUGGCCGAAGAUCUGAUAGAAACCCACUCUGUGUUUUCCCAUGCUCUGGUGUCCUUUUCCAUCGGUUACUUCAUCUAUGACUUCUUUGACAUGGUGCACAACCAGAAGUUGAGUCAGUCCUGGGAGCUCCUCUUCCAUCACAUCGUGGUGAUCACCUGCUUCGGGCUCUCCGUGCUGUCGUGCCGCUACGUGGGCUUCGCGGUGGUGGCCCUGUUGGUGGAGAUCAACUCGGUGUUCCUCCACCUCAGGCAGAACCUGCGCAUGGCCAACAUGGCCACGGGCACGCCCUACCGCGUCAACGCCCUGGUCAACCUGGGCACCUACGUGGUGUUCCGCAUCAACACGCUGGCCUGGAUGACCCGCUGGCUGGUGCUCAACAGGGACAAGGUGCCCCUGCUGGCCUACACGCUGGGCAGCGUGGGCAUGGCCAUCAUGACCGCCAUGAACAUCGUGCUGUUCUGCCGGCUGCUCAGGAGCGACUUUCUGAAGAGCAGCACCCGGGAGGCCAAGAAAGAGAAGGACAAAGAGAUGUAG